GAAUGCACACCAUAAGCUAAUAGACUUGGCACACGCUUGUAACUCCGAUCGAGAGCUUCAAGGACAAACGGAAACAUGGCAGAGCCCGUCGAAGUCUGCCACUGGAAACGCCUGACGCCCGACAUCCUUGACAAAAUAGCCAGCAAGCUGCACCCCAACGAAGUGGCUGUGGGAUUAAAGCUGGUCGACCGCUCGGUCUGCGCAUGUCUCCGACAGCAGUACCGGGCCCCACUGCAGCUGGCGCGGGAGCUGCCGACGUGGCUCGUUGCCUCCAAGUUAUCUUCCUUGAAUGUUUCCGAGUUCGCGCUCGCGGACCAGCCCUGGCCGGCGUCCAGCAUGGUCAGCGCAUUCCUGGCGCACUUCGGCAAGCCUGAGACCUGGCGCGGCCUCACGCUGCGCCAGCGGCGCCGGCUGCUAUGCUGCGCCGCAUCCUCUGGCGACGCCGCUAGCUUGGACCUGGUACUGCAGCACUGCGGCUGUCACCCGCCGCAGCCGGCCCUCAUCGCGGCGGUGCUGGUCGGCGACGUUCGCGCCUGCGAGAAGCUGCUAGCAGCUGGCUGUGAGUGGUCCGCGGCGCCGCUGGAGGCGGCCAUGCGCGCGGGCCAGCUCGACGUGUGCCGGCUGCUGGUGUCGGCGGGCUGCCCCCUCCCCGGCUGGCCCGACCGCAAGGACGCGCUCGGCGACCUCGCCGCGACCGCGGCGCGCGGCGGCCACGAGCGAGUCUUGCUUUGGAUGGAAUCCGAGCCCGGCCUCGCAUUUGGGCCUGCAGAGCCCUUCGACCGGCGCAAGACACACUACGGUCUGGUGUCGGCGGCUGCCGAGGGCGGCCACGUGGAGCUGAUGGAGCUGCUGGACCAGCAGCAGGCCGGCGGCAACACCGCCGGGCCGCAGCUGUACAACCUCGAAUCCAUCGCCUACGGCUGUACGCUGGAGGUUCUGCAGCGCUACUGGGCACUCUGGGUGGAGGGGCAGGGCUGGACUGGUGGGCCGGGGCCGUACGGCAUCGGCGGCGACGGCGUGCCGCCGCUGCCAGUGGGCGGCGGCGGCACGGGCCGGCUGCUGGCGGCGGCGGGCGCUAGCCCCACGCCCGACUGGGCCGCCAAGCUGGAUUUCAUCCGGUCAAAGCGCCCCGGCGACAGCUUUGACUGGAUCCACAACUGGAACGCGGCACGCCGCGCCACGCUGCUGCCCGACCUGCUGCCGCGCCUGCUGCACCUGGCCGCCGUGGGCGUGGAUUUUGAGUUCGAGUGCGACCUCGACGCCGCCUGUGUCGCGGCCGCCGGCCACGCCGACGCGCUGACCUACCUGCUUGACAACACCAGCCAGACCGUUAAUGAGAGGGUGGUGGACAAGGCGCUAACCGGCUGCGGCGACGGCGACGCGGGCCGGCAGCUACAGACACUGCAGCUCCUCGCGGCGCGCGGGUGCGUGUUCGGUCCGGGGCACGUGGCGACGGCCGGCGCCGCCGGCGCCGCGGCGGGCGUGCUGCGCUGGCUCGCCGAGUCGGUGCCAGAUACGGCAGCUGCCAGGGACGGCGCUGCGGGCGCUGCGGGUGCGGUUGCUGCAGCAGGCGAAGCCGGCACCGGCGCCGCCGAGGGCGAGGUCGUGAUGAGCGAGACUGACGCCUGGUCGGCAGCCUUCACGGCGGCAGCCAAGGGCGGCGGUGCUGACCUGCCGCUGCUGCGGUACCUGCACGAAGUGCGCGGCGCGGCGGUGGACCUGGUGGCGGUGGCGGCGGCGGGCAGCGAGGAGGCGCUGGACUGGGCGGCGGCGGAGCUGAAGCGCGCAGGGCAGCCGCUGCCGGUGUGGACGGCGGAGCAGGCAUGGGAGCUGGGCGCGAGCGGCAAUCGCAUCGCGCUGGACUGGGUCCUGCGCAGUGGCCUGGGCCCCGCCUGGCCCGAUGCGGCGUACACGAUGGAAGCGCGCUUCCGCUUCCCCGCCGUGCAAGCCUGGCUGGAACAGGGCGGCGCCACGGACCGGCUUGACGAUGAGGGAUGGCAGCGUGUCGUUCAGGAAGGCAUGCGGGUGCCCGGGAGCGAUAAACGGAGGGAUGCUUGGAGCCCCUGGCAGCGGCGGUGGCUGGCGGAUCGCUACCUGGGGGCUGCACGGGCGCGCGGCGGCGCGGCUGCAGAGGCAAAGGCGGCGAGGGUGCUUGCGGAUGUGGGGCUGGCGGCGGCUGCGGGCGGGGUGCGCAGCUAGGGGUGGAGCGGGUUUGUGGAAGAGCCUCCGGCCGUGGGUUCACGGCAUGACCUUGAGCGAGAGUGAGCUUUAAACGUGUCAUGUUCAGCGGCGAGUUUAGUUGUGCUGGAGGGGUGGGGCCUGGCCUGCUACCUUGAACAAAUGCAAGACCACCCAGAAACAUAUAUAUAACCACGGCUGAAAGUCCUCUUGGAGAAUAGCAUUGGACGCAGGCGCCAAGACUUGGAAGAUACAUGCGCAUCAUGUUAAAAAGUGGAUAUUGUAUUGGCUGGGAGCAGAUGCCGCAAGGGGCGGGUGCCGGGAAGGGGGUGCGGGACCUCGCCUUUGAGUUGUGACGACAGAUAGCUGACACUUU